AUGAUUGGAGUCCAAGAAUCAUAUCAGAUUGAGGAGCUUUCCGACCAAGUUUCAGGUUUGGAAGGCAAAACCCUUACCCCGGAGCCAUCUGCCUCAAACCCAGCAAAUGCGGCAGAAGGCUUCUCCGUUCCUACUACACCAACUAGACAACUUAAAAUUACUGGAUGGAUGGAUCGAUCAGCCCUUCGUCGCCACUUCGAUGUUACAGAGGCGGGUGGACUAAAGAUUGCUUCUUGCGUUCACUGCAAACGCGAAUUCAAGGAAGCUAAGUCCACAGGAAAUCUUUCAAAACACGUAAAGAACGUUCAUCCUCUAGCAUACAAAAGCGGCCGAGAAGAAGAAGAACAAUCUAGAAGUCUCAGCCAAUUAGGUAUCGAGUGUCGUUCCUUGCCACUACCCGCUGCAAUAACCGCAGAAUGGAAGCAUAGCCCUGGCGAUUUUGGUAUCCUGUUGCUUUUGACGGAAAAGUUAGUCGCGUUCUCCUUUUUUGAAGGUAAAGGUUGGAACGUCAUUAGCGAAGCGUGCUCUGGAAUUAAAUUGAUAAAAUCACGCCCAGCGAUCGUUGACAGGCUAUCGAACUAUACCAAUCAGUUCAAUGCUGGACUCAAAAAAGUAUUGAGUAAAACUGACUUUAUUAACAUUGAAUUGGAUAUCUGGUCCGGCGGGAAUGGAAGAUCAUAUCUAGCUGUAGCCGCAUCAUUUGCGCCCAAUCUUAUUAACAAUGCUAUGUUAACCGAUGUUGGCAGCAGCAAGGCUCUUCUUAAUAACCAUAACGAACCGUACAACACCCACAUCCUGGGGUUCAUUGAUGUGAGCGAUAAACCACACACAGGAGAAAAUCUUUUCAAGGAGGUUCGGGAUCUGAUGAAAGAGUAUGAAAUAAAUGAUCAAGUUGCAACAAUUACUUGUGAUAAUGCCACGAACAAUAUAUGCAUGCAUUCCCACCUUGUCCAUGACCAUUUCAAAACAUGCAAAUCCAGGACGUUCGAUCGUCUUGGAUCCUUCCACAUUCUCCGAUGUGGAAACCACAUCCUGAACAUACUUUUUCAAGAUGUAGUGAAGAACCUAAAAGCAAACACAAAGUUUAGCUUGGCACUGGCACGUAUCGCACGGCUGGCUCACAAGAUAAAGCACUCUUCUCUUUUGAGGUCCUCCUUAAUGAAAGCUUCAAUCCCGUUGGUGCCUGCUGCAUCAGAAACACGGUGGUUGUAUAUCUGGAGGCAAGUGACUACUUUUCUGAAAUAUCGCCAGCAGUACCUAACGUGGUUCGACAACUUCAAAAAGCUACCACAGAACAAUUCUGCUGCUUCAAAAAUCGAAAGAUGUUUCGACCAAACCCCUGAGGAAGUUCAUCUUUUGCAGUACUUCGUCGAUUGUUGCUCAAUUUUCAAAGUGCUGAAUGACACUCUGCAAGAAGAUUCUUUCAAUCAUCUCUCUAAUGCGGUUCCUUUCUAUUACACACUUCUGGAAUAUUAUGACUUAUGCGAUGAUGCCCACAUGGAAAUGAUAGAGGAACCGAGAGAAGGAGCAUUUGAUUUUACCUUCAUCAAUGGAACACAAAAUCUGCCGUUAGAAAUGAAGAAAACGGUGCUUGAUGCUGUUCUUUCUACUCGAAACAAAUUCACCACUUAUUUUCAGUACUUCGCAGAAAAUGACCUUUAUUUUGUCGCUGCGUUCCUGGAUCCUUCGUCCAAAGAUCAAUGCUUCAACACGCUUAUGACGGAGGACGAGGCUCAAUUUCGACUAAGCAGAGUGGAGAGGUAUCUGAAGUUUUACCUCAAGAAGUGUGAACCGAGAAAGCUCACUAAGUCAACUGAACUUGCCAAAAGAUCUGUUAGAGGCACGCCACAUCAAGUCAUCAAAUUACCCACAAUUAACCGACGCGAAAAGCAUUCACGUUAUGGUGAGGCUUUUAUGAGCAAUCAGGCAGUCAGCGAGUGGGACAAAUAUAAAGCAGAAGAGCAAUAUACUGUGGACUUCAAAGAGGACCUUAUACAAUGGUGGUAUGAACGCCGUGGCGCAUAUCCCAAUUUAUUUAGGCUUGCCGUGGCCCUUCUUUACACAAAAUUUAGCACAAGCGGUCCGGAGAGAGCAUUCUCUAUUAGCGGGAAAGUCCUUCGCAAAGAAAGAAGAACUAUGAGCAGCCUCGAUUUCAAUAGGUUGCUAGUCCUUAGAAAUCGCUUCAAGGGCUGGGGUCUAUUUGAUCAAAAAUUGACACCGCAUGUCAAAGAUUCUGAUGAGGAUGAUGACUUUAUAGAAUGCUACUCUCAAUUGGACGACGACGACUUGGAGUUUUAG